UGCUGCCCUGGCAACCAGCUGCAUAGAGAAUGAACAACAUCCGCCCUGUCUUCAUCAGCACCAAUCGGCCCCGUUUGGGACGCAGACCAGUUUAAUUCAUGUGGCCUUUUCUUUGAAUCUGAAAUGGACAGUUUACAAGCGGGCGAUCCGCGGUAUCUGAAAAGGAGAGUGAAGGGAUGUACUCUAGAGGUCCACCCCACUGAGAGAGCCCUUGUGGUCCAGUAUGAGGUAGAGGCAACUGUCUUGGGAGAGCUGGGAAACCCUAUGAUCGGAGAACGCAAAGAGUGUCAGAAAAUUAUUCGCCUGAAAAGCCUGAACGCCCACACAGAUACGUCCUCUUUGGCCCGGAAGGUGGUGGACGAAUGUCGGCUCAUUCACUCGUCUAAACUCCACGAGGUGGAGCAGCUGCUCUUCUAUUUGCAAAACCGCAAACAAUCAAAUGACAUCCAGGAGAAUACAUGCAUCCCAUCUGGAGACUUCACACCUUACACUGGAGUGGAGCUGGACGAAGUGGCAUGCAUCAACAGCAUCGAUGAGUAUGUGGACCUGCUGUAUGAGGACAUCCAGGAGAAGAUAAGAGGAGCCACGCUCAUCUUCCAACUGGCUCGCAACCCGGACAACCUGGAGGAGCUCACACAGAAAGAGGUGACCUUUGGAGCCCUGGCCAGAGUUUUGAGGGAGGACUGGAAGCAGAGCGUGGAACUGGCAACAACCAUCAUCUCUGUCUUCUUCUGCUUCUCCAGUUUCUCCCAGUUCCAUGGCCUCGUCUCAAAUUUCAAGAUUGGGGCCCUUUGUAUGAAUAUCAUUGAGCACGAGCUGAAGAGGUACGACCUGUGGCAGGAGGAACUACAAAAGAAGAAGAACGCCUAUGAAGAAUUUCCUGAGAACCCAAAUCUGAAGAAGGAACAUGAGAAGUCUUUCAGAAAGUACCAAAGCCUUCUGACCAAGCAGGAGCAGCUUCUCAGAGUUGCUCUGUGUCUGCUGCUGAACCUGGCUGAAGACACCCGCACAGAGCUGAAGAUGAGGAACAAAAACAUCGUCCACACGCUGGUGAAGAUCCUGGACCGGGAAGACGAGGAGCUGCUGCUGGUGGUGGUCUCCUUCCUCAAGAAGCUCUCCAUCUUCCUGGAGAACAAGAAUGACAUGGCUGAAACAUUGGCCGUGGAGAAGCUGGCCCGGCUGGUUCCCUGCGAUCACCAGGAGCUCCUGAGCACCAACCUACGCCUCCUGCUCAACCUCUCCUUCGACACCACGCUGCGCAGCCAGAUGGUCCAGGCAGGACUCCUUCCCAAAGUCUCCUCAUUGCUCGCUGACGAGGCCCAGAGACAGCUCAGCAUGUGCAUUCUGUACCACAUCAGCAUGGACGACAGAUUCAAGUCCAUGUUUGCCGACACAGACUGCAUACCGCAGCUGAUGAAGAUGGUGUUUGACUGUGGUGAGGAGACAAUGGAUGUUGAGCUCGUCUCGCUCUGCAUCAACCUGGCUGCUAACAAGAGUAACACAAAGCUCAUCUGUGAAGGCAAUGGUCUGAAAAUGCUGAUGAAACGUGCUGUGAAGCUGAAGGAUGUUCUGGUGAUGAAGAUGAUCCGAAACCUUUCUCAGCACAACGGACACACCAAGAGCCUCUUUCUGGACCACGUUGGGGACCUGGCGGCUCAGAUCAGUGAGGAGGAGCCGGAGGAGUUUGUGAUUGAGUGUCUGGGCACGCUGGCCAAUCUGACCAUCACCGACCUGGACUGGGCGCUGGUCCUCAAGGAGUACAACCUGGUGCCCUACCUGAACGACAGACUCAAACCAGGUUCUGCUGAGGAUGACCUCAUUCUGGAGGUGGUGAUCAUGAUUGGCACGGUGUCCAUGGAUGACUCGUGUGCAGCCAUGUUGGCAAAGUCCGGGCUGGUUCCUGCACUAAUUGAGCUGCUCAACGCGCGACAAGAGGAUGAUGAGUUUGUCUGUCAGAUCGUCUACGUCUUCUACCAGAUGGUCUUCCACAAAGCUACCAGGGACGUCAUCGUCAAAGACACGCUAGCGCCUGCGUACCUCAUCGACUUGAUGCACGAUAACAACGCCGAGAUCCGCAAAGUCUGCAACAACACGCUGGAUAUCAUCGCUGAUUUUGACGAGGAGUGGGGGAAGAAGAUCCAGAACGAGAAGUUCCGCUGGUACAACUGUCGGUGGCUGGAGAUGGUGGAGAACCGUCCGCUGGAAGAGGCCAGAGAGCCCUUCCUGUACGGGGAGGACGGAGAAUCUUUCAUCGGGGACAGGGACUUCCUGGAGAGACCUGAUCUCUUCUACAGCGGUGCUGCGGAGGAGGAAAUAGAUGGGAUCAUCUCAGCAGACGGGGCCUUCAGUCCCGAGUUCUACACCGGCUUCCAGGACGGAGAGCUGGGACCGACUGGAUACAUGAGCAGUUUGUCGGAGCAGUUUGUCCCGGUAGAUCGACCUCUCAGCGCCUACGGCUUCCAUCCUGGUGAGGAGUUUUUCUACAACUACAACACGGCCCCCCGGGUACACUUCUCUGAAACAACCAGUGGGGACAAUGCCCCCACUACUACCUCCGCGGUAGUGUGCUCAAGACUUGGCAGGAGCAGGAUUUGAACCCACUGGCGGCACUCACAUAGGCUUCUGGGCUCUAGCUUGCACCCCUACACUACCAGUCCUGGUCACAUUUUGGCAACUUUGAUUCUCCUAUUUAACCUUGAGCAUGUGAGUUAAACUUUAAAACUCUUUUAAAUGCUAUUUCCACAUCUGGGCUUGAACCCACAACCUUCAAGUGCAGUGCAGGCUUGUGGCAGCAGCUCUUCCACUGUGCUACUUUACCACACACUAAUCAGCCCUUUGUUUCUCGUAUUUAACCUUGAGACUGCUACUCAAACCUCAAAACUCUUUCAAAGCAGAAGUGAUGUCUGCAUGAAGGGGCAUGAACCCACAACCUCAGACAGCAGGUUGGAGCCUGCAGCCCUUCAGUUGUUCCCUUGUGCUAUUCAAGCACAUGCCUCAUUGUGUCCGUUUCUCAUAUUAGACCUUGGGAUUGUUUACUAAACCUCAAAACUGUUUCAAAGUUUACAGUUUGAAGCCCUGACUGCAACCAAACCCUCCUUCUGAGAGAGCAGGUUUGAACUGAGGAUCCUCCACACUUCAGCCUUCCUGCUAUCUCCCUGCACUGUUCCACCACACACCCGUUGAUGCUUUUGAAUCCAAACUCAAUUCUCAUAGAUUCUCAGGCUGGAAUCCACAACACAACACACUUGUCUGCUGGAAUUGGUUGAACAAAAAUAAAAAUCCAUGUGAAAAAAAUGACUUCUCACUGUUCUCAGGUCAAAUAUUUAUGCAAUUAAAAUGCAAUUCAUUUUGAUUAAUUAAUUACAAAGCCUCUAAUUAAUUAGAUUCAUAUUUUUAAUCGAGUCCCGGCCCUAAUACAUAUUAUACACUGAAAACAAAAACAUAUUACAUAUUAAGGUUGGUUAGUUGAACUUUUAUUCACUUAAGUGUGUAACACAACUGAAUGUUUCUUUUGUAACCAUGACGUGUGUAAUGUGAUUGUUCAUAAACCCAGCGUCAGGCAAAAAGAAAAUACAUGGAAAGAUACCAACCUUGCGAGCUGUUUGCUUUGCCCCUGAACCUUGCAGUUCCAUAUUGAUAUAGAGAUUGCUGAAGAUCACGGUGUCAUUUGGUUCAUAUUAUAGGGAAAAUUAGGAACUUGUACAACACAUGGACUGGAUUUGCGAACUCAUAAAUCCACAAACCUGUAUUAAUUCCACAUCACAUAAAUGAUCUAGAAUUAGUACCAAGUUAUGCAGUUAUUUCCAGGAAACAAGGCACCAUACAAUAAAAACCACAUUGUCUGACUAAAAGAUGGAUUAAUGCUUUUUAUUCAUUUCUCUGAAUGCAAUUUAAGAAAUAUAAUAGCCUCCAUUGUCUGUCUUAAAAAAUAAAGAGAUGUUAAAUCAUUCAUUUGUAUUUAUUUUGUCCUUGAUGUGCCUGUAGCGCUGCUUGCUCUCUGAAAUAUGUGGUGCAAUAAAUCUAAUACUUGUGAGGCUUAUUGUAGUCUGCAUUCAUUAUUUAAUGUGUCACAGAUGUUGUAUUAUUUGCAGAUUUUCUAUGAUUCUUCGCGCUGUGUGUGUCUGUGAUUGUGGACAAAAAAAAUAAAUGAUCCAAACCUCA